AUGCUCGACAUCCGUGCUUUUGCCGAGUGGGACUUCUUACAGACGUUUCACAAAGUGUACAGUACCUUCAGGCUGAAGCUUGAACAAUCUUCAAUACCCACGGUGCCUCGGCACCCUACCCCGUUGCAGCAUAACUUGCAGAGUUUGAGCCUUCGGAUGGUCAAGGGGCUCCCAUCGACUGCACCUGAGACACAAGAUGGCGCUGGACAGAAGAAGCCGUCUAUCUUUAGGCAGCGGGCACUUCAGGUCCGUUGGCCUACGCACAGCUCCCACACCCGGAGGAUUUGGAAGCGGCAGCAAUCAGGCCGAGCUAACCCAGCAUACCGAUACAACCCAGCCCCCGAUGAAACUCCAGGAGCACACACAGAGGAGAGCACAAUGCCACAACCUGCAAUAGGAUCUAGAGGCCGGUUGGUGUAUGCCCGCAACUACAGGAGGCUGUAG